AUGUUCCCACUUCAAACCCUCCCUGACAAUAUUAUAACAUCUAUUUUAAGGGAACAUAUUUCAGAAGACUAUAUAAAUAUUCUGGGACAUAAAUGCAUAAUAAUACCAAAAGAUAGCUACAUAGAUUUAUGUGUGGAAAACUUUUUCUAUGUUGAUAAUGGAAUUUUAUGGGUAACUGUGACUUUAUCACCAGCAUUUAAGAAACUCAAACUGGAAAACUCAUCACAAAGAGCGAGUAAUUUUCCAAAAUUUAACUUAAACUUUACUUCAGAACUAAAUAAAAGUUUAUGCACAAAUUCUGUUGAUCCUUCAGAUAAUGUUAGAGUUGUUCCAAUAAUUGGAUCAAAACUUAUCAAAAAUGUAGCCUAUACCACUGAAACUGAACAUUACAACUUUGUCAGAGCUUUUGGUUUGAAGAGUGAAGAUAAUAUUGAGGUAUCAUUUCAUCCCAUGCAAUCAUUUGAGAGUAGUCCCAAGAUUGCUUCGAAUGCUGAGCUUAAUCUAAUCGCAAAUGAUUAUGAUGUAUCUAAUGAUUUUCUCAAGGAAAUAUUAAAUAAUUAUUUUGAAAAGCCAAAGUUAAUAAGUGAAAGUGAUUUUAUUAGCAUAGACCUAACAGAAGAAGUCACUGCCAAGUACCAUUAUAAAUAUUUAGAUCUUAUUGAGUCUAGUGGAAAAAUUAUUUUUCAAUGUACCAAGAUCUCUACUGAUACUAAUAAUGUGCAGAGAAACACAACAAGGACCUUGUAUUUGGUAAAAGGUGUUACACAACUGACGUUAGGUGAAAACAAACAUUCAGUGAAACCAAAGAAUCAAUUUUGCAAUAUGCCAGGAUUAAAUAGUUCAAUGCAUUUAUGUCCACUGGGCUUGAAGGAAAAAUUUGAACAAAUUCAGGAAUGUAUUGAGCCUUUUUUGGAUGGAAAUGGAGAUAUGAAUUUGUUGUCAGAUUCUAUGGCAAGUCCUAUAAUACCAAUGUUCCUUGUCAGUGGGCCAUCGGGGUCAGGAAGACAUCUCUUAGUAAAAACUUUGGCUAAAUGUAAUGGACUUAACUAUGUUCCUAUUGACUGCAACAUACUACAAAGCACCACAUCUAAACAAACUGAGAGCAAAAUAUAUGCGUCCAUACAGAAGGCUAAAGCAGCUGCACCUACAUUAGUUUUGUUGGAUAAUAUUGAGGUGUUUGCUGUAGACCCUGAAAACAAUGAAGAUCACAGAAUAAUGGAAUAUUUCAUCAACACUCUAACAGACCUAUAUCAAAACUACACAAAGCAUACCAUAAUAUUUAUUGCUGUCACAGAAAAUCGAGAUCUAAAACCGAAUAUAAUGAGGAUGUUUUUGGAAAAAUUCUACAUACUAAAGCCAAACGCUCAACAGAGAUUUGAUAUGUUACAGUGGUUCACGUCUGCAAUGGAGUUGAAUAUAGAUAAUCAAAUCGACCGAGAAUGUAAAAAUAUUGAAAUAAAAGACAAAUUAAAUAAUUACUUAAGCCAACAUUCUAAGGAAGUACUGCAAAGACUUGCGUCAAAGACAGAAACAUUCCUAUAUGGUCAUUUAGAUGCACUAAUGCAUUUUGCGCUUAGAGAAUCGUUUAUGAAACAGAUAGACAACUAUCCUCAGUUGCCGCAAGAUCCUAAUUUACAUGUAUUGCAUGAAGAGGACUUUAAUUGUGCUCUAGAAUCAAUACGAAGUUUACAAAGUCAACAUUUGGAUGCACCAAAGAUACCCAAAGUGUACUGGGAAGACAUAGGAGGCUUGGAAAAACUCAAAAAGGAACUACUCAAGACUAUAGAGUUUCCCAUAAAAUUUCCUCAUUUAUUUAAAAAUUCAAGUCUCAAGAGAUCAGGCAUAUUACUAUAUGGACCUCCGGGUUGUGGAAAGACUUUAAUAGCGAAAGCAGUCAGCACAGAACUUAAUGUUAGCUUCAUGAGUGUCAAAGGGCCAGAGCUAUUAAAUAUGUACAUAGGACAGUCAGAAGAGAAUGUUAGAAAAGUAUUCGAAUCGGCCCGUUCAUCUUCCCCAUGCAUAGUGUUUCUGGAUGAAUUGGAUGCGCUUGCGCCGCGGCGGGGCGCAGCGGGUGAUUCGGGUGGAGCAAGCGAUAGAGUAGUGAGCCAAUUGCUAGCUGAGCUAGACCCCGUUAAUGACGUUGAUUCAGAUACAUCGAGCUUUGUCUUCGUUAUGGGUGCAACGAAUCGGCCAGAUUUGUUAGAGCAGUCCCUACUUAGACCUGGUCGCCUCGACAAGCUGAUAUACGUAGGACCCUACUGCGGUUUACAAGAGAAAAGCUCAGUACUUAAAGCGUUAUGUCGAAGCUAUAACCUACGACCGGAAGUUGAUUUGGAGCAAGUAGCAGCUGCACUUCCGGAUAAAUGUACUGGUGCAGAUUUAAUGCAGAUUGUGACCACGGCUAGGACGGUCGCUAUACGUUCUCUUGUAGAGAAAAUAAAUGAUGGGAUUAUCAAAGAAAGUGAACUAAGUGAAGAUUCAGUCACUAUAGGCUUUUCGGAAUUAUGGCAGGGCGUGGAGUCUUUCAGACCAUCGGUUACUGAUGAAGAACUACGUUAUUAUGAAUCGCUUCAAACGGUUAUAGAACUCAGAGGCGAGAAACAUUGCAUACCUGUGGUCACUGUACUUGAUGAAAAAACGGUUACUAUCACCAAUAUUAAAGUGAGCCUCACGGGAGCGGGUGAUAGUCGGGAACGUGUGAGACGAUAUCAGGCUGACUACGUUUUUGAUAGCCUGUGCGCACGCGGAAGUCAAACGUAUGCUUCGCAAGAGACAGUUUUUGAAACCUUCGGGCGCCAAGUUCUGGAGAGCAUAUCCAAUGGACUGUCAGCUUGCGUCUUAGCCUAUGGUCAAAGUGCAACAGGAAAGACAUAUACUAUGAUGGGAACUGAAUCUAAUCCAGGGUUAAUUCCGAGGCUGUGUCUUGCGCUUGCUGAGCUAGGACCUAUUGAUCUUUCUGUCAGUUUCUAUGAAAUAUACAAUGAGCGAGUACACGAUUUGUUAGCAAGCGAAGUACUACCUUGCAAUUCACUGCCGCGACGCACGGGAAACAUCCGGAAGGAUCUACGCGUCAGGGAACAUCCUACGAGAGGACCUUAUGUACAGAUUUUUAUCUUAAACACUUUAAUUUUAUGUUUUCAUGAAGACCUUCGACAAGUUUCGGUUCAUGAUGUGGAGUCACUUCUGAGCAUAGUUAGCGAAGGCAAGCGUCAGCGGCGCAGUGCAGCGACAAGAAGGAAUAGCAAUUCGUCUCGGUCUCAUGCCCUUCUGGAGAUAACCACACCACGCGCUGUUUUACGACUGGUGGAUCUUGCUGGAAGUGAAAAAGCUGGUCGUGAAGUUACUGGAGCUUGUAGACAAAAAGAAGGGGCUAAUAUAAAUAAGUCAUUAGUAGCGCUCAGCAAUGUCAUAUCGGCUCUAGUUAGCGAUGCUGGACGUGGCAGGUUCGUGCCAUAUCGAAAUUCUGCAUUAACUUGGCUACUUAAGGAUUGCUUUACUGGUGACGCUAACACCUUCAUAAUAGCAACAAUAUCUCCAAGCGUCAGCUGUUUUAAUGAAACGGCCUCCACUCUUCGCUGGGUUGCAAGAGCACGACAUUUACCCCCAAAACUAAAUAACAGCAAAAGUUCAGCUACCAAAGGUGUACAACAUCAGUACAACAAAUUGAUAGAUGAACUCACCAAACACUACAUCUAUUAUGUACCAGCAACAGGAAAGAUAUCGUUCGACGACAGACACUGGAGUUUAAAUUUCACUAGUCUUCCUAAUAAAAGCAAAAUAGGGAACAUAAUGAGUUUUUCGAAGUCAAAAACAGAUCAGAUCGACUCGGGGGCAUCUGUUGCCAACGAUUAUCUUGUAACCAUAUCAAAAGAUGAAAUAUCAAAUGAAAUAAAUAAAGAAAUUGAUACGUUAAUCAGACCACCUGUAUUAGGGAGAGCUCGAAGUGGCAGUGAUUUUGAAAUUACCGUCCCAAUCCAACAUAAAAGAAAGUAUGGAUCUCAGGAAGUGCUCUCUUCGGAUAGAACGAUGAACUAUCAAAUCAAUCGUAACAGUCUAUCGGAGUUAGGUCAAAGUCUCAGUGAGGAAAUGUUAGACCAAACAAACAAAAACUUGAAGAACACAUCGGCAUCUAUAUUAUAUGAUAAUGAUCAACGUGCACAAAUAGUGGCGUCCGUCACGGAAAGACUUUAUAGUAAAUUAAAGAAACGGGAAGAGACUACUUCGAAAAUUGAAACCAUAUCAGAUAAGAAAAACGUUCAACCAUUGAACGAAUUAAAAAUAUGUACCAAUGCCCGCCAACGAUUAAUGGAAAUAAGUCAAAAAGCGUUAAGGACUAAAAGAAGAAUCGGAAUACCUGCUUAUACGCAGACAAAGAAAACAAGCGUUCGUUUAAAGGACAAGUGUAUAGAUGUACAAAGUGAUUUACUUUCCUUUAGAUUUGGAGAGUUAUGCAAUACACAUAUAUCAUUAAAACGAGAUGUUGGGACAGAAACUGCCCCUUUGACACCUCGUCACAAAGAAGUAGGCGUUGGAUCAGAUAGUGCUCUCUUAAUGUUGAAAAGUACAAAAACUAUAACAGAUGAUAUUAAAGUUUACAAGGAAUCUGGAACUAUGACUGCGAAGAAAAAAGAAAACGAGAAAUACACACAGACGCUGGCGAUACGAAAGAAUCGAAAACGUUCAGUGCUUUCUAAAUAUUUGAAAAAAAUUGAUAACAAUGCAAGGCCGUCGUCGGUUAUCAACAUAAAUAUUUCUCCUGUGUAUUACGAUUCACAGUCACAACAUUCUGAUGACUCAGAAGCUGACACUAAGCAAAGGACCCAUUUUACGCCAACCGUGUUAACUACUUAUAAUAAGCUGGAAUCUGAUUGUGAAAAAAAUAAAAAAUACCUUCAAUUUAGAAAUCAAGAAACUAGCACUACUGAAGACAGUACGUCAUUAGAAAUUAAUAUUGAGAGCGUAAAAUCAACAACAAGUGAUGAUUCUGAGAUUUCACUCCCAAAUAAUAUUAUCGAUAGCCAUAACAUUAAUGGUAAGAAAUGUUUUACUUUAGAAGGUAAGACGAAUACAUCCGCUUAUAAUACAAAUAACUUACCAAAAAAAGGCAAAAACUGUGGUGACCACGAACUUUCCAGUGAAAAAUUUUGCUUUGAUUUGAACCGUGAACAACAUUUUAAUAAAGAUGACCCAUACUUUGCUUCUUUAAGUUCAGAUGAAAACAAAGACUACUUUUUAAAUAAAAAAUUGUCGUUUAAAGAAACAUAUAAAGCAGUAAACACGACUUCACAGGGAAGGAAUUAUGCUAAAAAUGAAAAUAUAUUUAAAACAACUAAGGCGAAACUGUAUAAAGAGUUCUUGGGAGUUGAAACUGAAGAGGACGCUGAUGAACAUUAUUCAGGCUGUUCUUUAAGUACUCAAAAAGGAAUUUGUAGCUUAAGAUAUGGAAAAGAUGAUGACAAUCGUCCAGAUAAUAUUGUGGAACCAUGCAACUCUUUGAACGACGUUGAAAGAACAAUGAAACUUUCUUGUGACAAAAUUGAAUUAGCUGUACAUAAAUAUGAAAAUUAUUUAAGAAUAUCUAAAGAAAGACCAUUGGGACGAAGUACAGACAAUCAAUCCGACAUAAAGUCACCGACAGAAUACUUAAGACAUUUGAUUAGGGCCCGAAAGGAUUUCAUCAAAAUGGACCACAACUUUGAUAAGAGUGAUUGA